AGUUCAAUUCGAAAAUUGAAAAGGAGAUCGAACGACAAGUUAACGGGAAUCCGAGACAGAAAGAAGAAAAGAUAAGGAAGAGUAGACAAGAAAGAAGCAAUCUUUCUCUUUUGCGAAGGAGUAGAGAGUAUUGUAGUAGGUUAUCGCUUGGGUUGCAUAGUAUUACCAAGUAAGCCCUAGAAUCGUAGGGUUUAGGCGAGGAGGAGGGCUGUUAGUUUGGUGGGAGCUCAAGUCCCAGAGCAUUCACCACCAGCGGCUAUUGGGUAUUUUCGGAGUUUGGGUUUUGCGAAGAUUCAAAGGAGAAACCAAAAAUUAUGGAUGGCGGGCGGAGAUUAGCAGUGAGCCCAAGGCCUUGCAGUGGAAGGAGAAUAGUCGCAUCGAAGAAGAGAGGGAGAGCGGAUGGCUUUGUUAACAGCGUCAAGAAGCUUCAGAGAAGAGAAAUUUGCUCCAAACGACACCGUGCUUUCUCCAUCACCGACGCCCAGGAGCGCUUCCGCAACAUCCGCUUGCAGGAGGAAUAUGAUACUCAUGAUCCAAAAGGGCAUUGUUCAAUGGUAUUACCAUUUCUGAGGAAGAGGUCAAAGAUUAUAGAGAUUGUAGCUGCACGAGACAUUGUCUUUGGUCUUGCCCAAUCUGGUGUAUGUGCAGCGUUUAGUCGAGAAACUAAUCAAAGAAUAUGCUUUCUAAAUGUCACUGCUGAUGAAGUUAUACGAAGCUUGUUUUAUAAUAAAAACAAUGACUCGCUCAUCACAGUCUCAGUUUACGCAUCAGACAAUUUCAGCUCUUUGAAAUGCAGAAGCACAAGGAUUGAAUACAUACGGAGAGGCCAACCUGAUGCUGGUUUUUCUCUUUUUGAAUCCGAGUCACUGAAGUGGCCUGGUUUUGUUGAGUUUGAUGAUGUAAAUGGGAAGGUGCUCACCUAUUCGGCACAGGAUAGCAUAUACAAGGUGUUUGACCUAAAAAAUUAUACAAUGUUAUACUCCAUAUCAGAUAGAAAUGUUCAAGAGAUUAAAAUCAGUCCGGGGAUCAUGUUAUUAAUUUUCUCUAAAGUUGGUGGUCAUGUUCCUCUUAAGAUUCUUUCCAUAGAGGAUGGUACUGUUCUCAAAUCUUUUAGUCAUCUUCUUCACCGGAAUAAGAAGGUGGAUUUCAUUGAACAGUUCAAUGAAAAGCUUCUUGUGAAGCAGGAAAAUGAAAACCUCCAGAUUCUUGAUGUCCGCAAUUCCGAGCUAACAGAAGUUAGUAAAAAUGAAUUUAUGACCCCAUCAGCAUUUAUAUUUCUGUAUGAGAACCAGUUAUUCCUUACAUUUAGAAACCGGACAGUGGCUGUGUGGAAUUUUCGUGGAGAACUUGUAACUUCAUUUGAGGAUCACCUCUUGUGGCAUCCUGACUGCAACACUAAUAAUAUAUACAUCACAAGUGAUCAAGAUCUUAUUAUCUCAUACUGCAAGGCUGAUUCCGAUGAUCCAUUAUCUGAAGGAAAUGGUUCCAUUAAUAUCAGCAACAUAUUGACUGGGAAAUGUCUUGCUAAAAUAAGGGCAAGCAACAGUUUCCCUGUGGAAAAACAUUGCAGCUGCAGUGACAAAUGUAGUUGCAGUUUGAAAACACGGAGCAAUACUUCAAGAAUUAGAAGCACGGUUGCAGAAGCAUUAGAAGAUAUCACUGCACUUUUCUAUGACGAAGAACGCAACGAGAUUUAUACGGGUAACAGGCUUGGUCUAGUUCAUGUGUGGUCUAACUAAUUGUCUGAUUUUGAUUAGGAUUUUAUUUAACGUAAUAUUAGUGAGUUUGUGAAUGGGGGGCAUUGUGAUUCUAAUGGAACUGUACCAUUAUUAACUGUUAUUGUAUCAGAAAUUCAUUUAGUUUGUGUUCU